GCCGCUGGGCGGCGCUGUGGGCGCGGAGAGACGCCGAGGCUCCGGGACGCUGGGCGGCACUGUGGGGCUGGCGGGAAGCGUUGCUCUGGGGCGCGCGCCGGCCGUACCGGAAGUGGCGACUGCUCCGAGCGGAUGGCGGCGGCGGCGAUGACGGCGGCGGGCUGCGCGGGCGCUGGGGCGGCCCGCUCCCUCUCUCGCUUCCGAGGCUGCCUAGCCGGCGCGCUGCUCGGGGACUGCGUGGGCUCCUUCUACGAGGCGCACGAUACCGUCACCCUGACGUCAGUCCUGCGUCACGUCCAGAGCCUGGAGCCGGACCCGGGCUCGCCGGGGAGCGCGCGGACAGAAGCAUUGUACUACACAGACGACACAGCCAUGGCCAGGGCCCUGGUGCAGUCCCUGCUGGCCAAGGAGGCCUUCGACGAGGUGGACAUGGCUCACAGAUUUGCUCAGGAGUACAAGAAAGACCCUGAUCGGGGUUACGGUGCUGGAGUAGUCACUGUCUUCAAGAAGCUCCUGAGCCCCAAGUGCCGUGAUGUCUUUGAGCCUGCCCGGGCCCAGUUUAAUGGGAAAGGCUCCUAUGGCAAUGGGGGUGCCAUGCGGGUGGCCGGCAUCUCGCUGGCCUAUAGCAGUGUCCAGGACGUGCAGAAGUUUGCCCGGCUCUCAGCCCAGCUGACACACGCCUCCUCCCUGGGUUACAAUGGCGCCAUCCUGCAGGCCCUGGCUGUGCACCUGGCUUUGCAGGGGGAGUCAUCCAGUGAGCAUUUCCUCCAACAACUCCUGGGCCACAUGGAAGAGCUGGAGAGUGACGCCCAGUCUGUCUCGGAUGCCAGGGAGUUGGGCAUGGAGGAGCGUCCCUACUCCAGCCGACUGAAGAAGAUUGGAGCCCUUCUAGAGCAGGACUCAGUGACCAGAGAGGAGGUGGUGUCUGAGCUAGGGAAUGGCAUUGCUGCCUUUGAAUCUGUGCCCACCGCCAUCUACUGCUUCCUGCGCUGCAUGGAGCCUGACCCUGAGAUUCCCUCUGCCUUCAACAGUCUCCAAAGGACUCUUAUCUACUCCAUCUCACUGGGGGGGGACACAGACACCAUUGCCACCAUGGCCGGGGCCAUUGCUGGUGCCUACUAUGGGAUGGAACAGGUGCCAGAGAGCUGGCAGCAAAGCUGUGAGGGCUACGAGGAGACAGACGUCCUGGCCCAGAGCCUGCACCGGCUCUUCCAGAAGAGUCUGUGAGGGCCACAGCUGCUGGGGCUCCACUGUGUCCAGCAGGACCAACUACAGCUCAGAUUGGAAACCCAGAGGCUUACUGCAGCAUAGGUCACUGCCUCCGUCAUCCUGCAGUGUGGGUGGAGCAUACCUCUGGGGCGGGGUCUCUGGGGGAGGUCAUUGGACAGUGAGUGUGGAGGGCUGGUGCCUCCAUGAUGCUCGGUUUCCGCUCACUGCAGAGCGUUGGGCAAGCCCGGCUCCUCGGGCACACGGGAGGGAUCUGGACAGCUUUGAUCUUGGAAGGGCAUUUGUGGCAUUUUCCUUUAUUAUCUAACACAUGGGGUUGGGUGGGGGGCAGAAGUGAUCAGCAGUAGCGUCAUUUCCCCUUGUUGGGAUUUAGCCAGUUUGCCAGAGAGCAUGUCUUUGGACAGAGCCCCUGGGCAGUAAGUUUACAUGGAUCAGGGAAACCAGCACUUGCAUCUAGCUGAUCUAGAUACAUACCUGGCCCUUGACUGUCAUGGAGCUUAUUAACAGCUUCCAGCAGAACUCCCAGCAAUAAAAUUGUUGGUAAAUCCUA